CGCAGCGACAAGCCGUCGUCGAAUCCAGAAAACACUCCCCCAACAAAAAAAAAAAGCGUCGCCACUAUGUCGUCGGCGUCCCUCGCCGCCGGGCUCCUCCGCCGCGCCGCCUGUUCGUCGGAGGUCUACGCCCUGUCCCAGCGCUGCGCACCCGUUUCGCUGGCACGUUUCCGCGCCUCCGCCGCCGCCGCUUCCCCUCCUUCACGGACCACCAGCCGCCGCUUCUUGGCGUCACAGUCCCCGGUGGCCCCCUCCGAGAUCUGCCCGGACGAGAACCUGAAGCGGCUCAUCGGCAACGAGAUCGACCGCGUCUUCCUGCCGGCGGAGGCCUCCGCGAAGCUCAUUGAACUACCAGAAGACUUCCCCUUUGAGAUAAUUGAUAACCCUGGUGAUCAAGCCAUAGUUCUCAAAAGAGAGCUUGCAGGAGAGAGAGUCAAAGCAAUUAUCUACACAAAUUUUGAUACUGACGAAGAUGUGAACAAUGAUGACUCUCAUGCUGAGAAUCAUAUUGACUCAUUUAAGCCUGUGAUUCAGAUGGUUGUCACUUUUGAAAGACCAGAAGGUCUAGUCCUGGAAUUUGUGUGCAACUUUAAAGAUAAGGAACUGGCAAUUGAAAAUAUGAGGAUGCUGAAUCGCAGCAGCGUGGAUGCUAAGUAUGCGUACGAGGGGCCACAGUUCUCUGUUCUGAAGGAGAGCAUCCGGAAGUCCCUGCAUGGGUAUCUUGAGGUGAGGGGGAUCAAGGACUCACUGCAUGACUGGCUGCACGAGUACAUGAUGUGCAAGGAUGAGAGGGAGUACGUGGUUUGGUUGAAGAAGAUGAGAGACUUCCUCCAGAAAUGAUUGCCGCAGCUAUUCUGUUUCAAUACAAAGAACAUGUCUGGUGGUCUUGGUGAACGCCAAGCUGGAUUUAUAUUUUGCUGGACCUGUUAGGUGUAGAAAAGUUUCGGCAUUUUAGCUAGCUAUCUAACCUGUGACCCAUUGAGGUAUGAUGAAUUAACGUGCUUUCAGCAAUGAGUAUAGUGCUAUGGUCUAGAAGUACUAGUAAGUAAAAUGUACGAGGCCAGUGUCGUGCUAGCUGGGAGGAAGAUGCUGCCUGAUUUGCGUCGCCAUGUUCUGUCGUAUUUUGCGAUGUUUUCUUGUCUUCAUUCGAGUGUGAAAUGCAUCAGAUCUCCACUGUCAAAUGUUUUAUA